AUGGCGGUCAAGAAUUGCAUUUCAGACAAACUGGAUCUGUGGUUCACGGGUGAAUGCAAAGAUGCCCACAGGAUUCUCCCGUUGUGCUGCCUCUCUUGCAGCGUUGUGGUGGCGGCAGCGUUGCCCGGUGACAGCGGUGGUGGCCCCGGCGCCUUCAACCAGGAUUACACCUUUGUUAUCCCCGUUGAGGUGGACGCCAGCGGAUCCUAUCUCUCGCAUGACAUUUUGCACGGCGCGAGGAGGAAGCGGUCCACCGUAAGCGGGAAGGCUUCCUUGCACUAUAGGUUCGCAGCAUUUGGACAGGACCUGCACCUUGAGCUGAAGCCCUCAAACUUCCUGAGCCAGGAUGUGACCGUCCAGGUGCUCGGGAAAGAUGGCAUUGAAGAUUCUCAGGUUGGCGGUGUUGAACAGUGUUUCUAUCAGGGAUUUAUAAGGAACCACAGUUCUUCCUCCAUUGCCAUAUCCACGUGCGCAGGUUUGUCAGGUCUGAUAAGGACACAGGAGAAUGACUUCCUUAUAUCACCAUUACCUCAACACCUAGCACAGGAACUUCACUAUAUGCCACCCGCUGGACACCACCCUCAUGUGUUGUAUAAACGGACAGCUGAAGAGAAAGUGCACGGGUACAAAGUAGAUUCAAAUCCUUACCACUUUUCCUCUGACCGUCACAGCAAUCUCACUGCCCACAACUAUCACAUUCCAGCUAACGAUUAUCACCAUGGAAGGUUUCAAAAGCAGCAUUUUUGUGGACGGCGCAAGAAAUAUAGUCCUAAGCCACCCACUGAAGACACAUUCCUCUUAUCUGACGAAUAUGGGAGCCAAGCAAGGUUGAAAAGAUCCCCCGUUAAAAAUCAGAAGGGUGGAAGUUUGAAUGUUGAAACGCUAGUUGUGGCAGAUAGGAAAAUGCUGGAGAAACACAGCAAGGAGAACGUUACCACCUAUAUCUUAACGGUGAUGAACAUGGUCUCAAGUCUUUUCAAGGAUGGUACAAUUGGAAGUGACAUCAAUAUCGUUGUUGUCAGCCUUCUUCUUUUGGAGCAAGAACCUGGGGGACUAGUGAUCAACCACCAUGCAGACCAGUCACUGAACAGUUUUUGCCAAUGGCAGUCAGCUUUGGUUGGAAAGAAUGGGAAAAGGCACGAUCAUGCUAUCUUGCUUACUGGAUUUGAUAUUUGCUCCUGGAAGAACGAGCCUUGUGACACUUUAGGCUUUGCUCCAAUCAGUGGAAUGUGCAGCAAAUACCGCAGUUGCACCAUCAAUGAAGAUACUGGCCUUGGUUUGGCGUUUACUAUUGCCCAUGAAUCUGGACACAAUUUUGGCAUGAUUCACGACGGAGAAGGAAACCCAUGUCGAAAAGCUGAAGGUAACAUCAUGUCUCCCACUCUCAUAGGCAACAAUGGAGUGUUUUCAUGGUCAGUGUGUAGCCGACAGUACCUUAACAAGUUUCUCAACACUGCUCAGGCAGCGUGUCUGAUAGAUGAGCCCAAACAAGCUGGACAAUACAAGUAUCCAGAUAAACUCCCAGGACAGAUCUACGAUGCCGACACACAAUGCAAAUGGCAAUUUGGAGCAAAAGCAAAACUCUGCAACUUGAGUUUCGUGAAGGAUAUAUGCAAAUCACUCUGGUGCCAUAAAGUAGGUCAUCGAUGCGAGACAAAGUUUAUGCCGGCUGCCGAAGGGACACUGUGUGGAAUAAACAUGUGGUGCCGAAGGGGCCAGUGUGUGCCAUUUGGAGACCACGGUCCCAAACCUGUGAAUGGCCAGUGGUCAGCAUGGUCUAUGUGGUCAGACUGUUCUCGGACUUGUGGGGGAGGAGUCACCUACCAAGAGAGACAUUGCAACAAUCCCAAACCUCAGCAUGGCGGAAAGUUUUGCCAAGGCUCAAGUCGCAUUUAUCAGCUUUGCAACACUCAGCUCUGUGCAUCAAACAGCCCUGACUUCCGAGCCCAGCAGUGUGCUGAGUAUAAUAGCAAACCUUUUCGCGGAUGGUACUACAAAUGGAAACCCUACACCAAAGUAGAAGAGGAAGAUCGCUGCAAACUCUACUGUACAGCAGAAGAUUUUGACUUUUUCUUUGCCAUGUCGAACCGCGUAAAGGACGGGACCCUCUGCUCACUGUAUAAAGAAGAUGUGUGCAUUGAUGGGGUUUGUGAACAAGUGGGGUGUGAUUAUCACCUUGGAUCCAAAGCUGCUUUGGAUGCUUGUGGAGUUUGCAAAGGAGACAAUUCUUCAUGUACAUUCUACUCAGGCCAUUAUUUAACCCAGCAUAAAACUAACAAUUAUUAUCCCAUUGUUACAAUUCCCGCGGGAGCUCGCAGUAUUGAAAUUCAAGAAUUGCUAAUUUCUAGCAGCUACCUUGCAGUCCGCAAUUUGAAUAAGAAAUAUUACCUAACCAAGGACUGGACAGUUGACUGGCCUGGAAAAUUUUACUUUGCUGGAACAAUGUUUGAUUAUCAACGGCCUUUUAGCCAUCCAGAGAAGCUGUCAGCAUCUGGCCCAACUAAUGAGACACUCAUCUUUGAAGUGCUGUUACAAGGGAAAAAUCCUGGCAUUUCGUGGCGGUAUACCUUAUCUAAGGUGAAUAAUGAGAACAAGAUAUUCACAAAAAGGCAUAGCUACUCCUGGGUGAUGGUGCAGUCAGAUUGCUCAGCAACCUGUGGUGGGGGGCAUUUGAUAGCGAAAGCCGUGUGUUUACAGGAUCAUCAAACUCGUGUAAAUUCUUCAUUCUGUGGCCCAAGGACAAAACCCUUAACAGAAACAAUGAUGUGCAAUGCAAAUCCUUGCCCAGCCUAUUGGUCAGCAAGUGAAUGGAGCAUUUGCAGCCAGUCCUGUGGUGGGGGACAGCAAAGCCGUCAUAUCCAGUGUGUCCAGAAAAAGGCUUUUCAUAAGGAAGAGGUUGUGGCACAUGCCCUCUGCCCAGUAACCACUCCAGCACAAAUACAGGCAUGUAAUAACCAGGACUGCCCACCAGAAUGGAAUCCAGGGCCUUGGUCACAGUGUUCCAAAACCUGUGGACGAGGCACAAUGAAACGUGACGUUUCCUGCAAAAGUGUAGGAGCCUCCGUCCUAAAAAUUGUGCCAGAGAGCUUGUGCAACAGUGAAACAAAGCCAGAAAUGCAACAGACUUGCGUGUUGGGACGAUGCCCUAAAAACGAGCGUCUUCAAUGGGUGAUCUCUGCUUGGAGUGAGUGUUCUGCUACCUGUGGGCCAGGUAUCAGGAGGCGAGAAAUGCAGUGCAUUGAGAAAAGUAUUGGUGGCAAAUUGAUCACUUUCCCCUUGCGCCGCUGUCGAAAUCUUAAGAAGCCAAGCAUUGACUUGGAAGAAGUGUGCCAGCAAGGACCAUGUCCGAUGCAUCCUCUGUACAAUAGGAUAUCAGGGUGGUAUUCUUCACCUUGGCAGCAGUGCACAGUGACAUGUGGUGGGGGAGUACAAACCCGGAGUGUGCAGUGUCUCUUUCAAGGCCAGCCAGCAACCGGGUGUCUAUUUCAUCAGAAACCGGCAAUGUCACAAGCCUGCAAUACUAAUUUCUGCCUUGCUCCAGAGAAGAAAGACGAUCCUUCUUGUGUGGACUUCUUCGCUUGGUGCCACCUGGUUCCUCAACAUGGUGUCUGCAAUCAUAAAUUUUAUGGCAAGCAGUGCUGUAAAUCGUGCACAUGGAAGAAUUGA